AUGUACCCCGGAAACACGCACGCCACCUAUAACAACCAGUACCAACGUCCUUCGCAUCCUCCUCCUUCGCGUCCUGUGGGCCCUCCUCCUUCACGUAUGUACCAGCCCCCAGCGGGCGCACCCCCAACUCGGCAGUAUGAGCGCCCGGCUGCUCCUCCUCCAUAUUGGGGAGAUCAACAAACGCAGACGUAUCAAGGAACCGGUGGUAUUUCCUACCAGCAGCCCGCCCAGCAACCCCCAAUGCCAAACUUCAACAUGCAAAAUCAACAAAUCAAUGGCACGAAUAAUGUGCAGCAGUUCCAGUACUCAUCUUGCACUGGUCGCAAAAAAGCGCUGUUGAUCGGAAUCAAUUACAUUGGCACAAGAAACGCAUUAAGAGGGUGCAUUAAUGAUGCGCACAAUAUGUUCAAUUUCUUGACCCGGGCUCAGGGAUACAAGGCUGAGGAUAUAGUAAUGCUAACAGACGAUCAACGAGAGCUUGUUAGAGUUCCAACAAAGGCUAAUAUGAUCCGUGCUAUGCAAUGGCUCGUGAAAGAUGCACGGCCAGGCGAUUCUUUAUUCUUCCAUUAUUCGGGUCACGGAGGACAAGAAGAAGACCAGGAUGGAGACGAGGAAGACGGAUUUGACGAUUGUAUCUAUCCUGUGGACUUCCAGCAAGCGGGAUCUUUGAUUGACGAUGUGAUGCAUGACAUCCUGGUGAAACCGUUGCCAGCAGGCUGCAGGCUCACAUGUAUUUUCGAUUCGUGUCACUCGGGCACUGCUCUGGACCUGCCUUUCUGUUACAGAGCCCAAGAUGGUGGCAUCAAGGAGUAUAAUGUUUGGAAGGAAAGUUCAGGCGAUGCCCUGAGUCUCGUGACAGGCUAUCUCACUGGAAAUCCUGGCUUGAUGAUGAGCUCUGUCGGCAACGUUUUCAAGCGUGUCAAAGCUAGAUCCGGAUCACGUGCUGAGCAGAUUAAACAGGCCAAGAUGUCACCUGCCGAUGUUAUCAUGUUCUCUGGUUGCAAAGACUCACAAACCUCUGCGGAUGCCAACGAAGCUGGCUCUUUCACAGGUGCUUUGAGUUAUGCCUUUAUCAAGGUUUUGAGCGAGAACCCUAUACAGAGCUAUCUCACGCUGUUGCAAAAUAUCAGGGCAGUGCUUGCACAAAAGUACACCCAAAAACCACAGCUAUCUUCAUCCCACCAGAUCGAUCCUAACGUUCGGUUUAUUAUGUAA